AUGCCAAGAGAAAUCAUCACAAUCCAAGCCGGCCAGUGCGGCAACAACGUCGGCAGCCAGUUCUGGCAGCAGCUGUGCCAGGAGCAUGGAAUCAGCGCAGAUGGAAACCUAGCGGAUUUUGCGACAGAGGGUGGUGAUCGCAAGGAUGUUUUCUUCUACCAGAGUGACGAUACCCGAUACAUUCCCCGAGCGAUUCUCCUCGACCUAGAACCUAGAGUACUCAAUGGUAUCCAGACCGGUCCCUACAAGAACAUCUAUAACCCCGAGAACUUCUUCAUCGGACAGCAAGGUAUCGGAGCCGGAAACAACUGGGGAGCUGGAUAUGCAGCUGGCGAGGGUAUAUCAGAGGAGAUUUUCGACAUGAUUGACCGAGAAGCAGACGGAAGUGACUCAUUAGAAGGAUUUAUGCUUCUACACUCCAUCGCCGGAGGUACAGGUUCAGGACUGGGUAGUUUCAUUCUGGAACGCAUGAACGAUCGCUUCCCCAAAAAGCUCAUCCAAACAUACUCCGUCUUCCCCGAUACGCAAAACCCUGAUGUUGUUGUCAGUCCUUACAACAGCUUGCUCGCCAUGCGGCGAUUGACUCAAGAUGCCGACUCCGUGGUUGUCCUCGACAAUGGCGCUCUAUCACGGAUCGUUGCUGACCGGCUUCAUGUGCAAGAGCCCUCAUUUCACCAAACCAACCAGCUGGUAUCGACAGUGAUGUCGGCAUCUACUACCACACUACGAUACCCCGGAUACAUGCACAACGACCUUGCGGGGAUCAUUGCCUCACUCAUCCCAACCCCACGCAGCCAUUUCCUUCUCACAUCAUACACCCCAUUCACUGGCGCCAACAUCGACCAAGCCAGGACAGUGCGAAAAACGACCGUUUUGGAUGUGAUGCGUCGUCUCCUACAGCCUAAGAACCGAAUGGUCUCCAUCAACCCCAGCAAGUCCAGCUGCUACAUCAGUAUCCUCAACAUUAUCCAAGGUGAAGCGGACCCGACCGACGUGCACAAGUCACUCCUACGCAUUCGAGAGCGUCGUCUCGCGUCUUUUAUCCCCUGGGGCCCAGCCAGUAUCCAAGUGGCACUGACCAAGAAAUCUCCAUACAUCUCGGAUCCCGGCCACCGCGUCAGCGGCCUCAUGCUAGCCAAUCACACCUCCGUGGCAACCCUCUUCAAGCGCAUCGUGCACCAAUAUGACCGAUUCCGCAACCGCAAUGCCUUCCUGGAACAGUACAAAAAAGAAGCGCCAUUUUCCGACGGACUGGGCGAGUUCGACGAAGCGCGGGCGGUAGUAAUGGAUCUAAUCGGCGAGUACGAGGCAGCAGAAAAGGAGAAUUACCUAGACCCGGAUGCCGGCAAGGCAAAUGAAACCGGAGCAUGA